GAGGAUAAAGGUGAACAACCCUGGUCACUCUUGACUUGGGCGCCUCUCCCAGCGAGGAAGUGCAGCUUGUUCGUCUUUUCCCUCCGCGCUGAGGCCAUUUAAGCGCAACCGACAGCUCCCGCGGAGCCCAAUUCUGCGCGCGCGCUCCCUGCGCUGAACUGAACCGGUGUCGUCGAGGCGCCUCCUCGGGGAGGCGGCGGAGGCUGCGCUGCCUAUGGAGAGCCGAGGGGAGGGCGCAGCCGCCUCCGCCGGCGACAUGGCCGCCCUGCACGCCGCCAAGGGAGCGCUGCGAGCGGAGCUGAAGCGUCGCCUGCGAGCCCUGAGCGACGCCGAGAAACUGCGCCAGUCGCGUCUCGUGCGCGGCAAGGUGCUGGAGCAUCCUAAAUACCAAGCAUCCCGGAGAAUCGCAGUCUUCCUAAGCAUGUCGGAUGAGGUCCAGACAGAAGAAAUCAUUAAGGACAUUUUCCAGCGUGGCAAAGAGUGCUUCAUUCCACAUUACAAGCCCCGGAGCAGCCACAUGGACAUGGUGAAGCUAGCUUCCUAUGAAGAAAUUGCUUCUCUCCCCUUGACUUCUUGGAACAUCCAUCAGCCGUCUGAAAACGACAUCAGGGAAGAAGCCUUGUCAGCAGCAGAGGGUCUGGAUCUCAUCCUCGUGCCAGGACUUGGUUUUGACCAAACCGGCAACAGACUGGGAAGAGGAAAGGGGUACUAUGACACAUACCUGGACAGGUGCAGACAGCAUCCCAAAGGAAAACCUUACACAAUCGCCUUGGCUUUUAAAGAACAAAGUGGACACAGACAGGGGGAUGUUACUCCACCCAGUUGAACUUCCUGUUACACCUGGUCUGGGGGCAUCUUACUCCUGCAUGUGACCAGAUAGGUGGGCGUGACCCCGGCAGACCCUACAAAGGGGCCAGUCAUGCAACCAUCUUCUGUAACUACAAGCUAAAGCAGGCUUCCUCAACCUCGGCCCUCCAGAUGUUUUUGGCCUACAACUCCCAUGACCCCUAGCUAGCAGGACCAGUGGUCAGGGAUGAUGGGAAUUGUAGUCUCAAAACAUCUGGAGGGCUGAGGUUGAGGAAGCCUGAGCUAAAGCCUGCCUUCAGGGAUCAUACUGUGAACUGAAUGUAAGUAAACUUCUUGUUACUCUUUAAGGAAAGACUGUUGUGUCUUUACUUCUUAUUAAAGAGGGAACAAAAGGGGACUUACAAGGAAUAAACUCCAAUUUGGGCAUGCCAGAUUGGGCUGCUUAACUAAAGAGAUUCAAAUGAAUCUGCAAACUAGCUUCCUGCUGUGUAAAGAGGAAUGAGCUCUGCUAUGUGACUCACUAGCGUGAGUGAGGAAGGAUAAUAUUUAAUCAAUAUAUCCUCUCCUACUACCCACAAUAUUCCCACACCUAGGUGGGUGGGUUUUUACCAGGUCUGGAAAGGUUCUGACACCUUCUGUUUAGUGAUUCACUACAUGGGGCAGCUGCAUGCAGUGUCCGACACUAGGUUGCUUAAUCUCAUGGGGCGGUGGUCCUCAGUUCCUGACUGUAGGAUGGGGGUUAGUCCAACCCUCCAGCACCUUUGUUAUCGGUGGCAUCCCUAGUGUAAGGGGGAGAAAGUACAGAGUACCUCCCCCUUGCAUCAGAAGUAGCUCCUCCCCAAGCAGUGAUGGAAGCGAGGGCUCUGAGGAGACUAGUCAGGAAGUGGAGAGAGAGGGCCAGGGCUCCAGCAGCAUGGGAGAGCCCCGGCUACACAGGAGGGAGGAAAGAGAGGGGGAGAAGGGGGAAAAGGAAAGCAUGGAGCGUAGACCCUUUCCUCCGGUUCCGGAAUUAUGCAGGAGAAAGAAAGGGAGGAGAUUCACUGUCCCGAGACUCCUAUGUUGGAGAAGAUCACGUGGGGGGGGGGGCAGUGCCGGAUUCUGCAUCGGAAUGAGCAGACAUGUUUUACACACCUGUCUCAGUCGUUACUCUGGAGUAGUCACAAGACCCUCUGACACCUAGGUAAGCAAAAAAGAAGCUGAGGGACAAGAUGGGGGUGGCUGGGCAGUAUUGCAUAACACUUUGUCAGCUUUGAAAAUAAAAUGGGACAAUCCCCAUAGAGGCUGUCUUGAGCUCUAUGGGGACAUAUGAGUAUGAAUAGGCUCCUGGCAUCAUGGAAAGCUGCGUUAUGCUGAGUGUCAGGCAUGGAGAGUUCUCCCCUCCCUUCGCUAACUUCACAGAUAAGAAUUAAUGAGCAGUUGAUAGAUUUAUAGUCCUUUUAUUAC